CAAGCGACGCAUGAGGCAGCAGCAAGCAAAGCCUAUCUCCUUCUCGCGGCUACGCGACGCCACACGCCGGCGCCAUCGCCUUCCUCCUCCUCCGACUCCGACGAGCUCCGGCGACUCCGAUGGACUUGGUGCGCGCGCUCGCCGCCAUCCCGGCUCGUCACCCUCUCCCUCCCUCCUCGCUGACAAAGGCUCGCCGCCAUGGGCCUCAACCAUCGACGACCGUUCUGGCGCCGGUGCCAGGUGGAAUGUUGGAUAGAAGAAGACUGCUGUUGAUUCCUGCAAUCAGCAUCAGCAUUGGCUCCUUCGACAAGGGGGCAGCAAAAGCUGAGUUUGCUGAUAUGCCUGCGCUUCGUGGGAAGGAUUAUGGAAAGACGAAGAUGAAGUACCCAGAUUACACUGAAACAGAAUCAGGUCUUCAGUACAAGGACUUGAGAGUUGGUGAUGGGCCUUCUCCAAAGAAAGGGGAAACAGUAGUGGUUGAUUGGGAUGGCUACACAAUUGGAUACUAUGGUCGCAUUUUUGAAGCUCGAAACAAGACCAAAGGUGGUUCCUUUGAGGGUGGUGAUAAAGACUUCUUUAAAUUUAAGAUUGGAUCAGGACAGGUCAUACCAGCUUUUGAGGAGGCUAUAUCAGACAUGGCUCCAGGUGGAGUUAGGAGGAUAAUAGUACCACCAGAUCUUGGAUACCCAGACAAUGACUACAACAAGUUGGGUCCAAAACCAACGACAUUCUCGGGACAAAGGGCUCUGGAUUUUGUUCUGAGGAAUCAAGGGUUGAUAGAUAAAACUCUCCUGUUUGACAUUGAGCUUUUGAAGAUUAUACCAAGUCAAUAGUACAUGUAUAUGAUGUUCAUUUGUUCCUUUGAAAGUAAAGGCAAUGUUGCUGACCACUUGGAGAAAAAACACACAAGUUUUUGGCGUCGUACCAGUACCAGUCGACAUGUAAAUAUGGGCCUGUUUAGUUUUCAAACAAAAUUUUUCACGCUGUCACAUCGAAUGUUUGGACACAUGCAUAGUGUUAAAUGUAGAAAAAAAAACCAAUUACAUAGUUCGACAGGAAAUUGCGAGAUGAAUCUUUUAAGCUUAAUUGCGCCAGGAUUUGAUAAUGUGGUGCUACAAUAAACAUUUGUUGAUGACGGAUUAAUUAGGCUUGAUAAAUUCGUCUCGAAGUUUUCUGGCAGAAUCUGUAAUUUGUUUUGUUAUUAGACUACGUUUAAUACUUUAAAUGUGUGUCCGUAUAUCCGAUGUGACAUGUAGGGGCAAAUUUUUUUGCCAACUAAACAGGCCCUAUAUAUGCCAUCAAUUUGAAUAUGAACAGAAAAUUUUCUAAGCAUAUAUACAUAAAUAUUGUAUGCCAAA